AUGAAAGUCAAAGAACUACGCUCGUGGCUAGAAAACUUUGGUGAAAAGCACAAGCAGCAUUAUAAGCACGGGAUCUCGCAUGCUCAAGAAGCUAACCAGGAUGAGGACAAUUUGCUGACGAUUCAAACCAAGCCAUCCAAUGCGUCUACAAGUCGAAUGUCUUCGGAGGACAGCAUCACGUCAGAAGAUGGUGCUUCCCUUUCCUUGGCUUUCUCGUCGUCACCAACUGACACGAAUGACAUUGUCAUAUCCAUUGGGGCUCGAUCCAAUCCUGCGGACGUGGGAGAAGGAGAAUGUUACUUCCCUGACCCCAGCUUCGUCGUCUUGAGCGAUGAGUCUUCUGUUGAAGAAGGUGAUGAAGACUUGGAGGAUUUUCAAUUGCUUGGAGAUACAUUUCAUCCUAUUUUUGAGGAAUCCAACUUUGGGACAGAACGUAAGAGCAGUCGUCGUGUGACUUUUGGUGGUAUCCAAUCAGCUGGAAGCAUUUCUAUCAACGAUCAAGAUGCUCGUCCAAUCCGGUCGAAAAGAGCAUCUUUGGCAAAUGAUGCAACGGGGCCCAACUCGUCAUUGGGUAGCCGUGAUGUCGCGGGCGCCAAUACUGAUGAAGUUCCACCACCAUCCAUGCAGCAGGCGAAAUCAAUUUUCCGGAAGAAAUUAGAUCCUGCAGCCGUCGAAUUUCUCCAGCCCAAGCAACACCUGUUGUGGGAGACAUCUACCCGAAAGCCUGUUGGAGCUCCCAGAUCUAGUGUUGGCGCUGCAAUUGAAGUUUUUGGAGGUCAAGGGGGUCGGGAAACAAUUGUAUCAAGACGGACCGAUGAACUCCAGCGCCGAUGGUCGGAAAACAGAGCUGUGACACAUGUCAAAAAGACAAAGUGGUGCGUCUGCGAAAAAACUGGAGUGUACAAGAGGAAGAUUGUUGUUGAGCCUGAGUACAGAUCUGUGUAG